CAGUAGUUUUAAAUAUAUACAAGAAUCUUUCGCUGCUAUUUUUUAUUCAUUAUUUUUUGCACAGUCGACAUAACCUUACAAGCCGUUUUUUUUUUUAGAUUUCCAGAAUGGCAACUCGUUUGAGUGAGCGAAAAAAAAUACAUUCACUUCUUAAAGUUACUUUUAGCAGUGCCACUGUGUUUGCUGGUACAUGCAUGUAUCAAGGAAACGAAAAAUUUUAUAAUCAAGUCCUUAUGCCUUUGGUUAAAUUAGUUGAUCCUGAGAUUGCUCAUAACUUGGCUGUAACUGCUGCCAAGUGGGGAUUUAUUUCUGAACCGAAAACACCUGAUUCUUCAGCUUUGAAUCAAAAAGUUUUUGGACUAAAGUUCAGUAACCCGGUAGGAAUGGCUGCUGGUUUUGAUAAGCAAGGAGAAGCUAUCAAAGGUUUAACUAAAAUGGGAUUUGGUUUUGUUGAAAUAGGGUCUGUGACUCCAAAUCCACAGCCUGGUAAUCCUAAGCCGAGAGUAUUUCGACUAAUUGAAGACAAAGCAAUAAUAAAUCGCUACGGAUUCAAUAGUGAAGGUCACGAAGCUGUUUACCAACGUCUACUUGACCUAAGAAGCGAUUCAAGCUUCACCGGAAUAAUUGGAGUAAAUUUAGGCAAAAAUAAAACAUCAACAGAUCCGGUUGCAGAUUACGUCGAAGGAGUCAAAAAAUUCAGUGAUGUCGCUGACUAUCUUGUGAUAAACGUUUCCAGUCCCAACACCGAAGGAUUAAGAGACUUACAAGGCAAAGAACAUUUAGAAAAACUUUUAAGUUCGAUAAACAGUAUACGUCAAAGUAUGAAAUCUAAUCCUCCUUUACUUUUAAAACUGGCACCUGAUCUGACGAAUAAUCAGCGACAAGACGUCGCGGAUGUUAUCCAAAAAUCCAAAUGCAAAGUCGACGGCCUUAUUCUCUCAAAUACGACUAUAAGUCGCCGUGAUCUGUCAAGUGAGCAUAAAAAUGAAACUGGAGGUCUUAGCGGAGCACCGCUGACUGAUUUAUCAACGGAUUUAAUUGCCGAUAUGUAUAAACGGACUAAUGGUAAAAUUCCUAUUAUUGGAGUUGGUGGCAUUUUUUCCGGCAAAGACGCAUUUGAUAAAAUUAAAGCCGGUGCUUCUUUGAUACAAAUUUAUACAUCGUAUGCGUACCACGGCCCGCCAAUUGUGCAGAAAAUAAAAAAAGAAUUGAAUGAUUUAAUUGUUUUGAAUCGCUACUCGUCAAUUACUGAUGCCGUUGGCAAAAAUGUUAAAUAAAUAUUUUCAUUUUAUCUGUAAUUAUUUAUAACACUGAAAUUAGUAGACAUUUGACAAUUUUUUUU